UGCGGAAGCUGCACAGACUACACCUACUAUAUGAACUGAGCCUCUGUACAUCACCACUGCAAACUCACGCGAAGUUAUUUAGUAAAAAGGGCGUUUAUGACCUUCAGGUAAAGAAAGAAGCGCUGGAGACAAAGAUACUGCUGCAGGUCUUGUGCUGAUGAGGAUCACCACAGUUCACUUCAUUUGCAGAGGAGCCUCCCCCUGCUCUGCUCUACCUAUUGGACUCCCCAGUAAAUCAUUAAACAUCCGAAUCAGAGGAUUCCUUCCAUAACAUCCUCACAUGAACAAACAGCAACAAAGCAAAACAAUGCCAAGGCCACUAUUGAAACAGAAGGACUGAUUUGCCUCAAGGAAACUACACAUCACAUUCAGUGUUCGUGCCACAAAAUUGAUGGUUUCCUUUUCCAAACCUGCCCGGCCUGCAGCACAUGGCAGCAAACCCAGAUUCAAUCAGCCGCAGGGCAGAGGAGUUGACCAUUAACCUCCCGCGCUGAUUGCAAACCCCUCUUCACUCGCAAGCAGCUGCUUCUGCACAGUGGAUCCUGAAGCAAAGUUCACUGUCACAGGCAGCAGAAGUCUGUCAAACAGCGGGAGCUUGCUGCCUUCUCUGGAUUGUGUUUUCUUUUUCCUCCUUUUUAAAGGACUAAAUCUGCAACCAUGGCUAAAGCAAACUAUGGAUACUACAGAGGCACUAUAUUUCUGGCCAUGUUUGUGGGCUACACGCUGUACUACUUUAACAGAAAGACUUUCUCCUUUGUGAUGCCGUCUCUAAUGGAAGAAAUUAAGCUGGAUAAGGAUGACCUGGGCAUGAUCACCAGCAGUCAGUCGUUGGCCUACGCUAUCAGUAAGUUCAUCAGCGGCGUGCUUUCGGACCAGAUCAGUGCCCGCUGGCUCUUCUCCAUUGGCCUGUUCAUGGUGGGAGGCAUCAACGUGGUCUUCUCUUGGUCCUCCACCGUCGCUGUCUUCUCUGCACUGUGGUUUCUCAACGGUCUGGGACAAGGCCUGGGCUGGCCUCCCUGUGGCAGGGUGCUGCGAAAGUGGUUCGAGCCGUCUCAGUUCGGGACAUGGUGGGCAGUUCUCUCCUGCAGCAUGAAUCUUGCCGGUAGCUUGGGCCCCAUUAUUGCCACGGUGUUGGCUGAGAGCUACAGUUGGAGGGCGAUACUGUCCGUCUCUGGGAUGAUUUGUGUGGCGGUGUCCUUUGUUUGCCUUCUGGUUAUCAAGAAUGAGCCUAAGGAUGUGGGGCUGCCAAACAUAGAGGCAGCCGCCAAGAAGAGCAAAGGAGGAUCCUCCAGCAGUGAGAGCACCCUGUCUGAGUUCCUGCUGUCGCCCUACCUGUGGCUGCUGUCCGUCUCCUACCUGGUGGUGUUUGGGGUGAAGACGGCCUGCACCGACUGGGGCCAGCUGUUUCUCAUCCAGGACAAGGGCCAGUCAACACUCAUGGGCAGCUCAUACAUGAGUGCUCUGGAGGUGGGAGGCCUGUUGGGGAGUCUGGCAGCAGGUUACCUCUCUGACAAGGCUGUGGCCAAACAAGGCGUGAGAAUCUAUGGCAAUCCUCGACAUUUCAUCCUGAUCUGCAUGAUGGCAGGAAUGUUCGUGUCCAUGUACCUGUUCAGAAUCACAGUUACUCCCAACAGCUCAAAGGUAACAGUAACAUCCCAAAGGACAAAAAUCGAUUACUGCAUGUCAAACGUGGUCAUCAUCACACAUUUAUCUCUCCUGACCAUCCAGGUGUGGAUUCUCAGCCUUGGUGCAGCUUUUGGUUUCUCCUCUUAUGGACCAAUAGCACUGUUUGGAGUUAUAGCCAAUGAGAGCGCUCCAUCUAACUACUGUGGGACGUCGCAUGCCAUUGUUGCCCUGAUGGCCAACAUUGGUGGCUUUCUUUCCGGUCUACCAUUCAGCACCAUUGCGAAGCACCACAGCUGGGAAAUGGCCUUCUGGGUAGCAGAGAUCGUCUGUUUAGUCACUGCCGUUGGAUUCUUCCUGCUGCGCAACAUCCGAACCAAGAUGGGCCACGUGUCCAAGAAGGCAGACUAACAUCUUCACACCUCAGCCUCUGCACCCAGAGGAAAACUCAGUACUUUGAGCCUUAAUUGUAUUUUCAUAUUUUUUCAGACUGAAUUCUUUUUGUACCACUAUGUUUCCACUGUCAGUUUUGCAUUAUAUAAACAGAAAUGAAGCUCGGAGAA